UAGCCGCCGCCGCCGCCGCCGCCGCCGCCGCGCCGCCGCCGCCGCCUUAGAGCUCCCAGCGCUGCCCAGCGCCGCCAGCGGAGGAACAGUCCCAGUUAUUUAUGCUGCUGCUACGUCCGCCGCUUGUAGUUCAGUCCGACCCCCCCCCCCGUAACUCCCGCGGCCGUCCCCUCUCCUCCGCGCGCGCGCGCACGCACACACACAUACAACAUACACAACACACACACACAACACACGCGCAUGCACGCACAGAUACACUCUCCCCCCUAACCCCCCAUUCCAGGCGGCAGCUGCAAAAGACUUUGUGCACGGCUGCGUGGGCUGGGGCUUUCGGCAGCUCCUCUCCUCUUCGGGGGUCACCUCCUCUGGACGCCCCGCUCCGCGUCUCGCUUUUCUUGAUUAAAUAACAGAAAUCCAUCGACCCUUCAUCUCGAUCCAUAAGAGAGAUAGUAGAAAAGCUGGAGAAAAGAAUAUUCUAAGGGGAAAAAAAGAACAAGGCACCUAUACCUUUAAAGAAAGAACUGAGGACGACGUCUCCUUGCAUCUACUAAUGAUCAUUGUAAUGUGAUGCUGGACCUGAACUUGCUUAAGACUCCCAUUCAAGGUUGAAUUAGGAAGUUUUGUGCAGACCUGGAAGAAGCAGGUAUUAAGUCAUGAUGCAGGAAUCUGCGACAGAGACAAUAAGCAACAGUUCAAUGAAUCAAAAUGGAAUGAGCACUCUAAGCAGCCAAUUAGAUGCUGGCAGCAGAGAUGGAAGAUCAAGUGGUGACACCAGCACAGAAGUAAGCACAGUAGAACUGCUGCAUCUGCAACAACAGCAGGCACUACAGGCAGCAAGACAACUUCUCUUACAGCAGCAAACAAGUGGAUUGAAAUCUCCUAAGGGCAGUGAUAAACAGAGACCACUGCAGGUGCCUGUGUCAGUGGCCAUGAUGACUCCCCAGGUGAUCACCCCUCAGCAAAUGCAGCAGAUUCUCCAGCAGCAAGUACUGUCUCCCCAGCAGCUCCAAGCACUUCUUCAGCAGCAGCAAGCAGUCAUGUUGCAGCAGUCAAAAUGGUUUAUUCAGCAACAACUACAAGAGUUUUACAAGAAACAGCAAGAACAGUUACAUCUUCAGCUUUUGCAGCAGCAGCAGCAACAGCAGCAGCAGCAGCAACAGCAGCAGCAGCAGCAGCAGCAGCAGCAGCAGCAACAGCAGCAGCAACAACAGCAGCAGCAACAGCAGCAGCAUCCCGGGAAGCAAGCAAAAGAGCAGCAGCAGCAACAGCAGCAGUUGGCAGCGCAGCAGCUUGUCUUCCAGCAACAGCUUCUCCAGAUGCAACAGCUCCAGCAGCAGCAGCAUCUGCUGAAUCUCCAGCGUCAGGGACUCAUUUCCAUCCCACCUGGCCAGUCUGCUCUUCCUGUCCAGUCUCUGCCACAAGCUGGCUUAAGUCCUGCUGAGAUUCAGCAGUUAUGGAAAGAAGUGACUGGAGUUCACAGUAUGGAAGACAAUGGCAUUAAACAUGGAGGGCUAGACCUCACUACUAACAAUUCCUCCUCUACUACCUCCUCCACCACUUCCAAAGCAUCACCACCAAUAACUCAUCAUUCUAUAGUGAAUGGACAGUCUUCAGUUCUAAAUGCAAGGCGAGACAGCUCGUCACAUGAGGAGACUGGGGCCUCUCAUACACUCUAUGGCCAUGGAGUUUGCAAAUGGCCUGGCUGUGAAAGCAUUUGUGAAGAUUUUGGACAGUUUUUAAAGCACCUUAACAAUGAACAUGCUUUGGAUGACAGAAGUACUGCUCAGUGUCGGGUGCAAAUGCAGGUUGUGCAACAGUUAGAAAUACAGCUUUCUAAAGAACGUGAACGUCUUCAAGCAAUGAUGACCCACUUGCACAUGCGACCCUCAGAGCCCAAACCAUCUCCAAAACCUCUAAAUCUGGUGUCUAGUGUCACCAUGUCGAAGAACAUGUUGGAGACAUCCCCACAGAGCUUACCUCAAACCCCUACCACACCAACGGCCCCAGUCACCCCGAUUACCCAGGGACCCUCAGUAAUCACCCCAGCCAGUGUGCCCAAUGUGGGAGCCAUACGAAGGCGACAUUCAGACAAAUACAACAUUCCCAUGUCAUCAGAAAUUGCCCCCAACUAUGAGUUUUAUAAAAAUGCAGAUGUCAGACCUCCAUUUACUUAUGCAACUCUCAUAAGGCAGGCUAUCAUGGAAUCAUCUGACAGGCAGUUAACACUUAAUGAAAUUUACAGCUGGUUUACACGGACAUUUGCUUACUUCAGGCGUAAUGCAGCAACUUGGAAGAAUGCAGUACGUCAUAAUCUUAGCCUACACAAGUGUUUUGUUCGAGUAGAAAACGUGAAAGGAGCAGUAUGGACAGUGGAUGAAGUAGAAUACCAGAAGAGAAGGUCACAAAAGAUAACAGGAAGUCCAACAUUAGUGAAAAACAUACCUACCAGUUUAGGCUAUGGAGCAGCUCUUAAUGCAAGUUUGCAGGCUGCCCUGGCAGAGAGUAGUUUACCUUUGCUUAGUAACCCAGGACUGAUAAAUAACGCAUCCAGUGGUUUACUGCAGGCAGUCCACGAAGACCUCAAUGGGUCGUUGGAUCACAUUGACAGUAACGGAAACAGCAGUCCGGGCUGCUCUCCCCAGCCUCACAUACACUCAAUCCAUGUCAAGGAAGAGCCAGUGAUUGCAGAGGAUGAAGACUGCCCAAUGUCCUUAGUGACAACAGCAAAUCACAGUCCAGAAUUAGAAGAUGAUAGAGAGAUUGAAGAAGAGCCUUUAUCUGAAGAUCUGGAAUGAAUAAAGACUUGAGAAACCUCAGAAUGAAGGGACAUAUCACUGACCUUCAUAACCACUCCACAACCAUGAAUAUUUGACAAAUUUUUACUGUGACUAUUUAUUAAGCAUGGAUAAAGGAGACAGCCCUAAAGGAACUUAUUAAGCCAGCCCUUUGGGAUCCAGUAACAACAGGCAAAUUGCUUGUUUUCUUCUUUUUUUUUUUUUAGAAAAAAAAAGACAAAACUGAUUUUCUUGAAAAAAAAAAUGAACUGUUCUUUCUAUAAUGGCUUUGCCCAUUUAAAAAAUGUGGCUAUUAAGGGUUCAUGAAAUGACUGAAUAUGAGGAUACAUGUUCUGUAGAAAGCAAAUGCGCCUCAUAUACUGCCAAAAAUAGUGUUAGUUUCAUUAAUGUGAAUUUUCCAGCAUACAGUAGUUGUAAUGUUAGAAACAAUUGCUGGUCAAGUUCAACUUGUUGCUAUUGUUUUUAAUUUGCACAGGAGUAGUAUCAGAAAUUAGUGUCACUGCUUGUAUCUAGCUGAAUUUUAAACAACAGAACAUUAGUUUUUUAUGUUGGUGCCACCAACUGUAAAUGACAUGAGUUAGUUAUUACAAACCACAGUAAUUAGACUGUUGCAACCAUCUAAAAUUACCUUAGGCUUCCAGUCUGUGCGGUUAGUGUUCAGAUGUAAAGUGCAAUCCUAAGCUAACAUUGUCCGUGCAAGCACCAUAGAAACAUUUGCAUAUCUGCAUAUUAUCUUACAACUGUACUCUCUUACCUCCUUGUGAUAAAGCUUUGUCUACCUGCAAACACAGUCAAAGGCUACAGCUGCAAACCAAAGCCAACUCUAACAAUGGCCAAUAGCUCCACGACAGAAGCAGCCACAUGCUUUGGUCAGCCUUCUGUAACUUUAAUUAGUACAAAGGAACCUUUCCAUGAACUACCUGCUGUUUUCUGAUGACCUCUGGGAUCUUUUCAUUUAGCCCUAUACAAAGAAACAAAUAUGACACAACAAAACAAAAAAAGUCAAUCCAGUCACAGUCUAAUCUUCUGAGGCCAAAAGUCCAUCUAAAUGCAAUGAAGAUUUGCUUUCCUUUAAGACAGAGGUGAGAACAAAGUCUGCAGUGGAAGUUAUGAUAGAAAGCAACAAAAUGUGGAUCACUGACCAAAAUGAUUAUGUACUUGAUGCAAAUGCAGAUUGCAUAUUGUUAUAUAUAUAUAAUACAUUGUGUUUCUUCCCUCCUUCCUUCCCCUCCCAACCUUCCCCUGCCCUAUUCAGUCAGUUAUUUUCUGUGGUGAAUACAUGUUGUUAGAUGAUGUCUUGUAUGGUCUUAAUCUUUGUUGUGUACUAUUUUUUAUAGUCUUAAGUUAUAAUGAAAAAAAAAGUAGGAACCAAACAUAAAAGGUCUAGUAAAGCCAAAAAUUAAUUUCAUAUUGAUUUUAAAGUGAUCUAGCUGAGUUUUUACACUGAAAGCAAAGAUUAUAGCAAUUGUAGUCCAUGGUAUUUAUUUUCAGUCAAACCAAAGUUACAUAUAAUUCUGCCUCUGCUUAUACGGGAUAUUAACACUAACAAUACACUCCCUUCAGAAGACUUGCACAGGCCAAACUGUUGGAAUGCUGGUUUUCUUGACAACUCCAAACCCAAAAAAAAAAUAUGAUAAUGCGUUAUGGUGUAGUUGAAAAUAGCAUAGUCAGAUGUUUGCUUAAAACCUAGAAACUUUACGUGUUGCUUUUCAUGUGCUGUGCCAAGUCUUGAUAAUACUUUUUCCCCCAACCAAGGGACCUCAUAACCUGAUUAUGGUUAUUGCUUUACAAACAGUUUUUGACAGAAGGUGGCUGCUAGAGCUUAACAUACGUACCAGUUCCAUGUGAUGGGGCUGGUUCUUGCAACCUAAGCUCAUCAUUUAUUCUUUGCUGAAGUCAGCAAAUAGACUUAAAGAGAUACACAGUCAUCUAUCACGCCAAAUAAAAGGACAUAACGGCUUUCAAAAGGGUUUUCCCACUUACCCAAAAGGCUUUCUGAAAGCUUCUACCUCUGCAAAAAAAAAAAGAAAAAAAAAGAAAAAAAAAGAGAAAAAGAAAAAAAAGAAAUUAGAACAAUUAUGGCAGAUUGCAUGAAAUGUGAGAACGUCACAGUAACUGCUACUUUUCAUUAUGUUUGUCUUUGGGUCAUGAUCAACAAAAGGGUUACAGUUUCAAAAGAGAGAUUGGGAUUGUAAUAAGAUGGUUUUCAGGCAUCUAGAAGUCUAAUGUAAGGAUUAUCUGAAAAAGAAAAUGGGUCUCUCCAGUACAUGUUCACAAGAUAAUGAUGGACUGGAUGGAGGUAAACGUGGUAACUGUCCCAUCAAGAAGGUGGCCUAAGACUACAAUGCUAAAGUAUGCAUACCUCAGUUACAAAACUUUUGAAAGGAAGUCUCAGCCACAGAAUGCAUAUACCUGUAGAGUUUUGCAUGGGUUUUAUAUAAAUACAAUUUAAAAGAAAAUAGCUGCUUGCACAUUAUACCAGAAAAACCUCCAAAACUGCAAUUGCUUUGAAAAUAGAUUUUAGGUUUUUUGGAGUUUUCUGAGAUGCUUGGUCUGUAUUUUGAUAAUUGUGCAUAUUAUGUAAAAAUGUUGGUGGACCCAUAAAUGACCAGACUUUUUCUAAGAAAAACGUUGCUUUAAUGCAUUUCAUGAAUUUUUAAUCUUAUAUCAUUGCUUGCUAGUAAUAGCAAAUCUGCUUUUCUGCAUCUGCUUUGCGUAGCUAUUGUAAGGCUUUGAACUAAUGUAUGUAUUUAUUGCUUGAACUUCUGUGCAUACCUUAUAAAGCAUAAUGUCUGACAAUUUAAAUGGCUCAUGUAUUCUUGCUUCUAUCAUAAACUGAUGAUGGGGACUAUGAUCUUUUGUAUACAGCAAAUUUUAACUGUAGCACAAACAUCUGUUUAUGUAUUGGUGAAAUAUACCUGUUUUAUUUAUCUUUUUGAGGUAAACUAAUUUUUGAUACUUUUCAUUACUGUGUACUAUGUUCAUACCUUGAAUUCUCUGACGUUAGAAGUCAUGGUUGAGAAUUGUAACAGCUGUUAUAUCCGUUCUGUAUUCAUGGCUUUCACUGCUGAAUAAAAUAAAGGACCAAACCUAGGAUUUGAAAGAAAACUGUCUACCUCUAACACCAGGGAGUUAUCAGAUUUUAUUUUACAUAGUUUUAGUCUACAAAGACACAAUUGCUUAAACCUAGUGGGCUUAAGGCUUAUAUUCUGUGUGGUUGGAUUCAUGGCGCAGUUGUACUGUUUGAAAAUCAAUUAAAAUUUCACGUGAAUGUUACAAGUAUUUGGUAGAAUUACCACUAACUGGGUUUUCUGUAGAUAACUCAGAUAUGGAGACACUAUCAUCAGCAUUCUGUGUCUACAGCUGCUUAACUUCAUAAGAAUGCAUUUCUCUUUGUGAUUAGGGACUCAAGAACAGUCAGAAUAGAGCUACAGAACUACACUUUAAAAUAAACAUCCUGGACUUUAAUGUCCCUUGGCAGAUUCAGUCACAAAAUCCAACAGUCUGUUUUCUAAAGUUCCUCCAGUCGGGCAUUCACAUUUUGGAGAAUUUACUUUAGGCUUUAGACCAUAUACACCAAUAUUAACAUUCAUUUGAACAUUCUAGGUUUAUAAAUACCAUAAAGCUAUUAGGAGCAACAUGGUUUGCCCUUGUUACUUCACUAGUUCAAGUCAGUGUGAAAGGUCUUUGUCCAUACAAUUUGGCAAAUCUUACUGAGCAAAAAGGAUGUACAUUUUACUAUAGAAUUAAUGUAUGAACAGUGUGUUACUGCUGUUGGUUGUAAAAAAUGUAUAUGAAACAUUUCAUUCAUUUGCUUACAUUUCUGAAGUAUAAAUAAAAAGUCUAAUUCUUUUUGA